UGAGAGAGUGGAGCCACUCCGUUUCCUCCAAGCAGAGAGCGAAAGACAGGGAGGGAAGAGAGGCAGGAGGACCGGAGCGCCGACAUCGGCGGUAUGAAUAGAGUGUAGCAUUUUAGCGCCCGCGCCAGAAAUUCAGAUUGUUUUGCUACAAUUAUUUUUUUGCGUUUAAAAUUCAGUUUGCCGCUGAAUCAGAGACUAUGGAACUGACUGUAUCCAGAGUGCUGAUUUCCAUUGCGCAGCUCCUGGUUUUCUGCCAGAUAGUGGCCUUGACAGAGGCGUACUUCAAGGCCCAGAGAAAAUUCACAGACGACAUCGACUGGUCCUACACAGGCCAGUUGAACCAGAAGAUCUGGGGUAAGAGGUACCCGGCGUGCAACAAUGCCCGUCAGUCACCCAUCGACAUCGACGAGACGUUCACCCAGGUCCGGGUGGAGUACCAGGGCCUGCAGCUGGAGGGCUGGGAGAAGAACACCCCAGAGACCACCACCAUCAACAACGACGGCAACACGGUGGUGCUAGGCCUGGACGGGGAGUACUAUGUGAGUGGCGGUGGUCUGAGCACCAGGUUCAGGUUGGGGAGGAUGACGUUCCACUGGGGACGCUGCAACGCCUCCUCAGACGGAUCAGAACACAGCCUCAACGGACUCAAGUUCCCCCUGGAGGUGCAGAUCUUCUGUUAUGAGUCAGACCUGUACCCGUCUAUAGACGACGCGGUGAAGGAUGGAGGGAGGAUCGCAGCGCUGGCCGUCCUGUUUGAGACCAGCCUGGAUAACAAUGACAACUACAACACCAUCAUAGAAGGCGUCAACAGCGUCAGCAGGUUUGGUAAGACUGAGAAUGUUGAGCCCUUCUCUCUGCUGGCCCUGCUUCCUAACUCUACUGAUAAAUACUACAUGUACAACGGUUCCCUUACCUCCCCACCCUGCUCUGAGACGGUGGAGUGGAUCGUCUUCAAAAACACCGUGCCCAUCUCUGAGACACAGUUGGAGGUGUUCUGUGAGGUGAUGACCAUGCAGCAGGCAGGCUAUGUGAUGCUGAUGGACUACUUGCAGAACAACUUCAGGGAGCAGCAGCAGCUGUUCUUGGGCCAGGUCUUCUCCUCCUACACUGGAACAGAGGAGGUCCUCACUCCCAUGUGCAGCUCGGCGCCUCAGAACAUGCAGGCGGAUGCCCAGAACGACACUACCGUCAUGGUGAUGUGGGAGCGCCCCCGUGUGGUGUAUGACACCACCAUCGACUGGUACUCUGUCACCUACCAGCGGCUGCAGGACCAGAACCAGCCCAAACACGAGUACCGCACCGACGGAGACCAAGACGUGGGGGCCAUCAUCCCCGGUCUCCUGUCCAACAGCAGCUAUGUGGUCCAGGUGGUAGCUGUCUGCACCAAUGGCCUGACGGGACGCUGGAGUGACCAGAUUAUAGUGGACAUGCCUCAGGAGUACCCGGCGAUUGAGUCUGAUCCAGGCAAUACAGAACCUGAGGAUAUAUUGGAACCAGUGGAUAUAUUGGAACAAGUAGACCAGAACCCAGUAGAAGAGAGCAGAACCAGAGAGGAUCGCCAGCAGAUUUUCCCUGACCAGCCCUCCACCACUGCUGCCUCCCAAGUGAGCUCUGUGCCUGUACCACCAGGGACCAGAGAUGACCAGAACCGGAUCGACCAGAACCCUGUGAACCAGUCCAGGAUGGACAAGCCCAAGAAGGACCAGACCAGGAAGGACAAGAAGAAGCAGCGUAUCCCUCCCCACCGCCCCUUCACCAGGGCCGCCUCCAACGGCAAAAGCGCCACCUGGGUCACCAUGGUGACCGACCAGCCGGGCUUUCUGAUUCCCGUCUCCCGGAUGACCAGCCCGCCACCUGUCCGCCGGCAAAUCACAGAGGAGGCCUCAUUGUCGUGGUCGCCUCAGCAGAUCCGGAACCAAAACCGUGGUUCCGCUGCCCAGAAACCUGACGUUUCCGGUAUCGGCCUGCUACCCCCAGAGAGCGAUAUGUACACCCCUCCGGGGGGGGGCAUGGUGGUCACUGAUGUUUACUACGAGGACGUUGUCAACAGCACUGCUUUAGAGUUCACGACUAUGCCAUCUAAAACAACACUGAACAAAACACUGGAUUAUAGAGUUCUCAGUCCUGUUACUGCCAGACCUAAAGUCACAAUGAAAGGAGAGGACAGGGGCUUGGUUUUGACCUCCAGGCGGUCUGAUAACAGAGUUAGUACAGUGACAAGGGCCACCCCUAUUCAACAGACCCCGGUUUCUGUAACCUCAACUCCCUCUGUGCCCUGGAUCAGACCCAGGACUUCAAGUCCCAGCAACUCCCUCUCACCGGCCUAUGGCUCCUCCACUACCUCAGGCCUCGUCAAGGUCUUACAGCUCACCACCCAGCCCAUAUUCACCGAGAUCAGUAACAGCAGCCAUGAGUCAAGGGUACAAAUGGUGGGAAGUGUUGCUGAGAGGGAGAAGAGGACAGUGGUCCCUCUGGCUGUGGUAUCCACCCUCACCAUUAUCUGUCUCCUGGUCCUGGUGGGCAUCCUCAUCUACUGGAGAAACUGCUUCCAGACGGUUGACUUCUUCACCGAAGACACCGCCUCACCCAAAGUCAUCUCUGCUUUGUCUUCACCUCUGCUGCCCGCCACAGAAGAGCACGAGGCGCUGUCAGUGAAGCAGUUUGUGAAGCACGUGGCAGAGCUCCACCAGACCAACACCUUCUCCAAGGAUUUUGAGAUUGUGACAGAGUGUUAUGAGGAGGUGCAGUCGUGCACAGUGGAGAUGGGCAUCACUACUGACAGCUCCAACCACCCAGACAACAAGAACAAGAACCGAUACAUCAACAUCAUGGCCUAUGACCACAGCAGAGUCAAACUGCUGGAAGAGGGAGAAGGUGGAGACUACAUCAAUGCUAACUUUGUUGAUGGUUUUGAGCGUACAAGGGCCUACAUCGCAGCCCAGGGCCCCCUGAAGUCUGGAACAGAGGACUUCUGGAGGAUGGUGUGGCAGGAGAAUGUUGGAGUCAUCGUCAUGAUCACCAACCUGUUGGAGAAGGGCCGGAGGAAGUGUGACCAGUACUGGCCAAUGGAGAACCAGGAGGAGUACGGUUAUUUCCUGGUGACCCUAAAAGACACCAAGACCCUGGCCUACUAUACCCGGAGAACCUUUACCGUCAGAGACACCUCACAAAAGGCUUCCCAGAGGGGACGCUGUGCUGAGAGGACGGUGGUCCAGUACCACUACACCCAGUGGCCUGACAUGGGCGUGCCUGAAUACACCCUGCCUGUCAUCUCCUUCGUACGGGCCUCGUCCCAGGCCAGGACUCAGGACAUGGGCCCUGUCCUUGUACACUGCAGUGCUGGUGUGGGGAGGACAGGAACCUACAUCGUGCUGGACAGUAUGCUGCAACAGAUCCAGGACCAGGGAACGGUCAACAUACUGGGCUUCCUCAAACACGUCAGAACACAGAGGAACUACCUGGUACAGACGGAGGAGCAGUAUGUGUUUAUCCACGAUGCCCUGGUGGAGGCCAUCAUCAGCAGGGACACUCUGGUGACCUCUGACCUGGUCCACUCCUACGUCACGGACCUGCUGACCACUGGGCCCUCCGGGAGGACCCGCAUGGAGAGACAGUUUAAGCUGGUGAGUCAGCGCAGAGCCAGACAGGCUGACUACGCCGCUGCCCUGAGAGAGGGAAACGCUGACAAAAACAGGACCUCCUCUCUCAUGCCGGUGGAGAGAUCCAGAGUGUGUCUGUCAUGUCCAGUGGAAGGAGAAUCUUCAGACUACAUCAACGCUUCCUAUAUCAUGGGUUACCACAAGAGCAGGGAGUUUAUCCUGACCCAGUGUCCUCUCCCCUCCACUGUCUCGGACUUCUGGAGAAUGGUCUGGGACCACAACUCACAGCUCAUCAUCUCCCUGCCUGACACACACACAGCACAGAGUGAGGGGGAGGAGUCUUGUGUCUACUGGCCCAGUAAGGAUCAGCCAAUCAGCUGUGAGGGUUUCAUAGUGUCGUUCACUGGAGAGGACCACAUGUGUCUGGCCAACGAGGAGAGACUGGUGGUCCACGACUUCUUACUGGAGGCCACACAGGAUAACUAUGUCCUGGAGGUGCGUCAGUACAUGUCCCCCUGCUGGCCCAACCCAGAAAGCCCCGUCAGCAGCACCUUCCAGCUGCUCAACAUUAUCACAGAGGACAGCAGACGGAGAGAAGGAACCAUAGUCGUGCAUGACCGGCUGGGUGGCUCGAUGGCGGGGCUGUUCUGUGCCCUCACCACCCUGGCACAGCAGCUGGAGCAGCAGGGCUCUGUGGAUGUGUACCAGGUGGCACGGAUGACUAACCUCAUGAGGCCCGGUGUCUUCAACGACAUGGAGCAGUACCAGUUCAUGUACAGGGCCGUGUUGAGUCUGGUGGACAGCCAGGAAGACCAGAGGGCCCUACAGUCCCCUGAGACCAACGGUUCUGUCCCUCUGGGGGCCACCACUGCAGCAGAGAGCCUGGAGUCCCUCAUGUAACCUCUCACACACAGACACAGAGAGCACCACACGCUCUGGGAGAUACACUGUGCUCUAUGUUGAGAGAGAGAGAGAGACAUGAGCUAGCAAAUUGUGAGUAAUAGGCUUAGCUAGCUACAAAAUACAUGAGAUUAAGCAUCCAAUUAUCAGAAUAAAACAUACUGUUUUGCAUGUAUGACCACACAUUGCAACUGGCUGCUAGGGGGUCUGGUAUUCUGUGCCUUUUGUAAUUCAUGUUGUACUUUAAAACUGUUUUGAUACUAAUGCCAAAUGUUCUGUACUCUUUUUUAAAAAAUUUAAAAGUUUGUUAAAGUUUUUGAGUUAUUUGAUUUAACUAUCUAUCCCUUUUGGAUUGUCUUAUUUGUAUGUAAUUACUUAAAAGGGAUAAAUGUCCUUUCUGUAUUCUGUCAUUCUAUCUACUGUAUGCUUCUUGCUCUUGUGGAUGACUUGUGUAAAUACUGGUGUUAAACUUGGAGAAUAAGAGAUGUUCCAUUGGAAAGGUGAAAUUCUGUAAUAUUAUCUCAAAUUAUGUAAAUAAUAAUAGUUGACCACUAUCAAAAGGCCAAAUGUAUUUAUACCUCUAGAUUUGAUAUUUUAUUAUGAAGUUGACUUUCUAGCCAUUUACAAACGUUAUUACUGUUUUUUUCCCGUCUGUUUUCUUUUGGGUGGGGGGGCAUUACUGUGUUGAUAAUUUAGUUCAAAUAUCAAUAAUGCUUAUUUGUUAUGUUUUGAUCUUUUUUUAACAUGAUAAAGUUUGGACUUUUCAGUAGUCAUAAGGUUAUUAUAAACAGCACUGUAUAUUUGAACAGGAUGAGUAAAUAUGUUCUCUAAACCUUAACCUCGUCAUUUACUAUCACAACAAACUGUUGUCGUCAGUAAUCUCUCCUGUCACCUCAAAGAAACUCUUUCAAACAAAAAAAAAACAGUUCAGAUCCAUGCUUUUAUUUA